ACUCCUUGGCGGCAUCCUUCUUUUACUACCACGAAUUAAUUAAAAAUUAGGAUAAAUACAGUGAAAACAUGCAGCACGAACCCGAAGAACAGACUUUCCAACUCCAGGCCCUGGAGAUACGCGAACCAGAUGGCAAUUUCGAUCCUAAGAAGCCGCCAGAGUCCGGAGAGGAGUACCUAAUGCACAUGUUGUAUGAGAGGAAACGAUGUCCAGCGGUGGUGACCAAAAGAUCGCCAAAAAUCAGGGACAAUGCGGGAAACAACACCUUUGAGAUGCUAGAUAAUCCCGCCUUGCCGCCCUUUAAGUGCCUGCUGACCACACCCGAAUGGCGGGCCGAACAGGUGAAAUCCUUCCAAGCAGCCCGCUCGCAGGUGCUAGUCCUUCGCAUGGAGCUAGUCAACCACAACUACGACCAGUCCGGGGAGCCCCCUUUGACCUCGGACCAGGAAAAGUGGCAGGAAUUCUGCCGUAGUCAACAGCCCCUCCUGAGCACUCUCCUCCAUCUGUCCCAAAGCGAUCUGGAGCAGCUGCUGGAAAGACUCAGCAAGUGGCUGCAGGACCCCGAAUCCUCGGUGGACCUUCUCCAGGACGUCUGGCUAGCUCGCUGGCUGUAUGCCACCCUGGUCUGCCUGCAUCUGCCCCUGGAGCCCCAUGUGUUCAGCAACCUUCGUUACAUUGCCCGAUCCUGCAUCCACUUGAGGAAUCAAUUGAAUGCGGAAGAAGUGCAGCGAGCAGCACCCUACAACCUAUUACUAACCCUCAUUGUUCAGGUCUUUGCACAGAGUGACUUUAAGGAUUAUAUUUAAGGUAUUUAAUUCUUUAUUUUAUUAAACCCUAAUAUAAGCACAAAAUGACUGGAUAGUAAGCCAAGAAGCUAGUUUGUUAAUUAUGGUUAAAUCUUUUGAACUCAACAAAACUAAUAUUAUCUUUAUCAUUUCUCUUUCUAUUUCAUUCUGAAGCGAUAUUGUUUUUAGCCUUUAAAUUAAAUUAAAAAUUAAAUUCAACCUAUAUAAGUUUACAUCUUGUCACUAACUAAAAUCAGCCUAUGUAUAUUGUUCUUGAGUAAUUCGUCAAACAUCUUUAUUAAAUAAAAUGUCUCGUAAGUUGAAAA